CCCGGAAGGUUCAAUUUGGUGACAACACCGAGCUCUUCGGCGGUUUUUUAAAAAAAGAUCCGAGCGCCGGAAGAAGGGGUUUGCAGUUUGUGGUUUCCUGAGCCAUACAUGAAAGGAAGAAUAUGGAAACGCCUGAAGUGGACUUUCUGAGAGAUCAAGUUCAGCGAUUAAAUGCCGUGCUCAGUCAAUAUCAAGCAGAACAGCUGCCCAGAUCUUCUGUUGGUCAGGCUCGACAUUUAGGUGAACAUGAUCCUCCAGCACCUUGGCUCAUAGACAAGUGCCUCAUGGCACCUCUUAUAGCAGAAUAUGACAAGCAGAUAAAGAAAAUGAGUGAACAGUUGGAUUGUCACCAUAUCCACAUGAAUGAAAUGAAGUUAAAGCUUGAGAAUGUUGUACGAGAAAAUGAAAGGUUGCAUUCAGAGUUACAGGAGACCAUUGAAAAACGGCUGGAGUCCCUGCCUUCUGAUGUAGAUAUUGUUGACGUUGACUUUAUGGAAGAUGAAGUGGUGAGAAACCUAAAGGAACAAUUACGUCUAGCCAAUAGGGAAAAAGACCUAGCCUUGGAGUUAUGGCAGUUGGUUUCACAAGCUUUAGAUCGAAUGCAACAGAUGUAUCAAGAUCAUGUGUCAGAUACUCAGAACCAUGCCUUUGACCAACAACAAUGGAAUGAACAGCUGGCCCACUUCCGACAACUUACUCAGGAGCUUCAAGUGGCCAAUCAAAAAUUAAAACUGACUAAUCAGCAAGUUAUGAAUACAGUGACUGAACAGAAUUCAGAACUGGACCAGCAUCGCAAAGAGUUAAGGAAAACAAAGCUGGAUUUGCGAACAGCAACUUUGAAAGUGGAAGAAAUGAACAAAAUGAUGCAAAGGAUGCAAGAAGACAUGCAGAGAAAUAUGGAGCAAGCUGCAGCUGCCCUGGCAAGGGAGGAAGCCUCAGAUAAACGAUUGCAACAGUUACAAUCUGCUAUAACCCAGUUCGAAGCCAGACUCCGUGUAGCUGCACAAGAUUCAGAACAGUUGCGAAAAGAGAGAAUUUCUCUUGAAAUGCAAAUUGGUGAACUUCAGGAAAAAUGUGCAAAGAUGGAGGAAGAGAAAUAUGAGGCAAUAGCCAAGGUUCGUGACAGCAUGCAACUCCUUGAAGAAGCAAACUUACAGAAAGAUCAGGUUUUACUAUGUGAAAAACAAAAGGAUGAAGAAGUGGUAAAAAUGAAGGAAGCCAUGGUGCAGCUAGUUCAAGAAGCUGCUGUUCGGACAAGAAAGGAGGUUGAAAAUGUUAGGAAACAGAGCAAUGUACAAAUUUCCCGUUUAGCUGAAGAACUGUCUGAUAUGCAAAUGAACUGUGGUGAUAAACAAGGACAAAUUGAAAGGAUAAUAAGGGAGAAGCGAGCUCUUGAAGAGGAACUUGAAAAGCUUUAUCGCAAUGGCAUAGGCACUGAAGAAGAUCAUAGAAAAAUUGAUGAGUUGCACCAGCGAUGUCUUAAUGCAGAACGUUCAAAAGAUGAUCUCCAGAUUAGUUUACAAACAGCACAAAACAAAAUCAAGAAACUUGAGAUGAAUUAUGAGGAGGAAAUGUCCCGUUGCCAAGAAAUGGUUCAAAAACUACAGAGUAACCUGGCGUCUGUUCGUGGAGAUUGUGACACCGUCAGUGAGGAGCGACUGAGGUUACAGAAAGAGAAUGAGCAACUUCGUAAAGAGAUGGAAGAACUGAAGAAAACUCGUCUGGACAUACAAAGGAAAGCCAGGCAGCAGGUAGCAACCCUGGAACAUGAGUUGUCCCUAAAGGAGCAUGGAUUUGAAAUCCAACUAAGAGAACUCGAGGAUGCCAAUCGGAAUUCAACCAGUGAGCUGAAACGUUUAUUAACAGCACAACAAAAAGCAACCAGCCGAUGGAGAGAUGAAGCCAGGAAACUAACUGAAGCCUUUGAGGCCAAACAAAACAAACUGAAGGCUGAUCUAACCCGACAGAAACAACGUUGCCAGGAGUUAGUUUGCAAGCUAGAGGUUGCACAUGAGAAAAUAACAGAGUAUGACAGACAGAUGUUGGAAAAUCAGGAAAAAACGAAUAGACUUCAAAGGCGUCUGACUCAUUCAGAACACAGGGCAGCUACAGCCUCUGAAAAGCUCAGUAGAGUGGCAACAGAAAGAAGAAAAGCUGAUGCAUUGUUGGAUUUGGAAUGCAUUUUAAACCCUUGAGUGCAUGAAAAUAUUCAUCUAUCCAUCUCUCAGGCUCCCAUCACAACUGGACAUCCAGUUCUUGAAGUGUACAAAUAAAGUCAUGGUUGCAUUUCAAAAUGAUGUUUACUUAUGAGAGAUACUUCUUGAACAAUAUUCUUAACAACUAAUGACUGAUUUUUACAAAAUGGUGUCCUUUGCUUUAAUCUACAGCGGAUUUUUUUCUGAAACUGUAAAUAUGAAUUUUUACCAUGAAAACAUUAUAAUCUGAUGAAUUUUUGCUAGUCUUGGGGAUCAGUUGUCUUGGUCCAUCUGCACUCAGAUCUUUGUUCAAACGUCAAACUACCGUGCCUUGAAAAAUUUUCAAACAUUCACCAAAUUAAAAUUGUGCUGUUUAACCUGCAAAAGAAAUAAGCACUAGCCUCGAUUUGAAAAAUCAUGCAAGUUUUUAGAAUCUUAAAAGUUCUCUCUGGAAUUUUGCUUCUUGCUGUCAUAAGUCUCCACAACAAAUUUUGACAUCACCUUGAUUUGCAGAUCCGUAACUUUUGGAGAAUACAUUUGUAAAUAUAAGUUUUACAGUGUGUUUUUCUUUUCAGAAUCGGUCAGCCAAUG